CAUCAGCUCCUCAGUACGGCGGACAGAGAAGAGUGUGACACACUGUCGAAACAGCAACAAUGUGAAAAGAAGGUUCUUUGACAGUGGUGUGAGGGGGUAAACCAAGAUGGCCACCGGCCGUGUUCCGCUAGUCUUGCUAGCCUGCGGCUCCUUUAAUCCUAUCACCAAUCAGCACAUGAGGCUGUUUGAGCUGGCCAGAGACCACAUGCACAGCACAGGCCUGUACCAGGUGGUGGGUGGCAUCGUGUCUCCAGUGAGUGAUGGCUAUGGAAAGCAAGGCCUGGUACUGGCUAAACACCGAAUCGCUAUGACAAAACUGGCGCUCCAGAGCUCCAACUGGGUCACGGUUGAUGAAUGGGAGAGCGAGCAGCCAGACUGGACAGAGACUGUGGUCACCAUGAGGUAUCAUUAUGGGCGUAUCCUGAAGGAGUAUGAACAGAGCACAGGAAAGCACAACAACUCCAGUGGAAACACCAGUCCCCUCUCAAGCCCUUUUCCCCAGUUGAAGCUUCUGUGUGGGGCUGAUUUCCUCGACACUUUCAAGAUCCCUGACCUGUGGCGAGACGACCACGUGGAGGAGGUGGCUGGGCGUUUUGGCCUGGUCUGCGUCAGUCGAGGGGGGCAUCAACCUGAGCGAGCCGUGCAUGAGUCGGACACGCUCUCGCGCCACCAUCAAAACAUUUUCCUGGUGAGGGAAUGGGUGAAGAAUGAGAUGAGUGCCACCGAGGUCCGCCGGGCUCUGAGACGCGGUCUAAGUGUGAAAUACCUGAUCCCAGACUCUGUGAUAGAAUAUAUUCACCAGCACAAGCUCUACACAGAUGACAGCGAGAGGAGAAAUAAGGGCAUGGCACUGAGGCCGCUCACCAAGCAGGCUAAACAGCCAGUGAAGAGUCUAGAUGACCAGGCUCUGCACUCGGUCACCAGUAGCCGUCCUCAGCGGACCCCCUCAUUCACUGGAAGUAAGGAAAGCAGCAGAGAAACAGCCAGGAUGCCAGCUGAUUUGAACGGAUAUUGGAAAAUGAUUUCCAAUGAUAACUUCGAGGAGUACCUUAAGGCCCUAGAUGUAAAUGUUGCCAUCAGGAAGAUCGCCACCUUGUUGAAGCCUGACAAGGACAUCACUCACGAUGGGGACCACAUAAUCAUCAAAACCCUCAGCACCUUCAAAAACUACAACAUGGACUUCUAUGUGGGCAAAGAGUUUGAGGAGGACCUUAGUGGAGUGGAUGACAGGAAAUGCAUGACCACUAUCACCUGGGAGGGAGACAAGCUGGUGUGUGUGCAGAAGGGGGAGAUCGAAGGAAGAGGGUGGACCCACUGGGUGGACGGAGAUGAGCUUCAUCUGAAUUCCGCCCUCAUGCCCCUGGCUCAUACAAAAGCAGGAGUCCACCCUGCACCUUUCCCCUCCCUACACUGUCUCCACACAACAGUGUCACCAGCCGCCACCAUGCCUGCAGACUUUAAUGGGAAAUGGGUUCUGGAAACCAGUGAGAAAUUUGAGGAUUAUUUGAAAGUGCUGAAUAUUGACUUUGCUACAAGGAAAAUUGCCAUCUCCCUGUCUCAGACCAAAGUAGUCAACCAAGAUGGAAAUACGUUUGACUUCAAAACCCUGAGCACCUUAAGGAAUUAUGAGCUUACUUUCACUGCAGGGGUUGAGUUUGAUGAGUACACCAAGGGACUAGACAACAGAAAUGUAAAGAGUCUGGUGACCUGGGAGGGGGACAAGCUGGUGUGCACUCAGAAAGGAGAGAAGGCCAACCGUGGCUGGAAACACUGGAUAGAAGGAGAUAAACUCUACCUGGAGCUGACAUGUGAAGAUGUGGUUUGUCUUCAGGUGUUCAAGAGAAAAGAAUAAAAAAAUAUCUGUUUUCAUUUACUCAGUUAACAGCAUGUUAGCAUGUUUUCCCAAACAAAAUGAAUAAAGGUGCUUUUCAGACAUAU